CAUAAUUACUAACUUGAACAUAAUAAAAGAAUUUAUGAAAUCUUUUGUGUGAAAUAGUUUGAAUGAUUUGAUAGAACUUUUUGGCAAUGAAUGAUAUAAAUUUGAAAUAUUUUAUGGUUAGUGAUAAAAUCAGUCAUGAAGUAGUAUAUUGUAUAUGUCUUUUUUUGUUAUAGCGUUUCAUUAACGGUUCACCAAUGAUUCUCUAACGAUUUACCACUAAACCAUAAACCAGUAAUUUUUCCGGUUCUAAAAUCAGAGCUAUUUUCAUUAUUAUAUGUUGAAGGUAGUAUAUAUAUGCCCUAGCUAGCUAGCCAGCGAUAUAUGCUUCGUGUUGAUGAAAUUGGUCAGAGCUAGUUACGUUGCUAAAUUAGAUUAGGCAAUUUGAUACUUAAUUAGACUGUCUCUUUCUCCUGCUUUUGGCUCCCAACAUAUUCUAUAUGCUGAAUUAUGUCAUUGCUAACCAAUUUGGGAAAACGUAAGGGACUUAAGUGUUUUUUUUGUUUUUGUUUUGGUGAAAACGUACUAGACCUGCUGCCACACAGCAUCUUCCCUGAAAUCUAUGUUUUGUGUUUUUGUCAAAAUUAUGUUGUCACCCAUCUUAAUUAAUUUCCACUGUCUUUUUCUUGCAAAUUAUCAGGGCAUAUAUGUAUGGCUGCUUUGGAAACUCAGGUUAUUAAUUAAGUAUAUUACUAUAUGUAAUUAUAUGUUGGCACAUUAAUUUGAUUGGAGCAACGUGUCAGAGAAGUUUUGGACGUUUACCUGUUUCUCAUCUACAAAUCUCGUCGCGACAACAAGAGUGUAAUGCUUAAGCUAAUUAAGAAGCUGCUGAUGAUGGUGGUCUUACCUGUUUUCAUCUGCAACAAAUCUCACUACGACAACAAGUGUGACGGUUAAGCUAAGCAGGUAAUGGCACUGGCCCUCAUCAUUCGCCACCAAAACGAUUUGUUUGGUGCUUUUUUUUUUUUUUUAACUUUUGGUAGCUGCUGUAUGUACUCGCGACACAGUAAAUACUAAGUUAAUAUUAAUAAUAUUCCAGUGGGUGAGAGAAAUUUAAUUUUGGAUAUUGUAAAACUCAAGCCACUCAUAUGGCCUAUAUGGGUUUGACUUCAGUAUGAUUUGAGUUUGCACCAUCCUAAAAUGGAGGUCGUCGCUGCUGGAAUUCGAACAGGAAACCUUUUGGUCGCGCUAAGGGUUUUGAUACUAUGUUAAGAACCGGUUGAUGUCAAUAAGUGUCGACCUAUAUGAAACUCGAUAUAGGUCGCAAUUGUAGGUUGGAUCAGUGUAUUGUUGUUAUAACCAUCAUAACAACUUAUAAUUUAGACCUGACCCGUUUUCCCCCGAUUUGUUUUGGGAGGAGUAUGUCGGCGAGGCGAGCAUGUGUACUUUCUUUGAUCCGGCCUACCUUAACCCGCGCAAUUCUCAAUCCAUUUUUAACUGAAUAACAUGUAAUUUUACUUUUUACUUUCAUUAUUUCAUAUUUUACAUAUUAGAAAGUUGUAAAGAUGUGAGAUUCUCAAUUUCUUGAAUUAUACAACUACAUUUCACACUAUAGUUUGUUUCUUGAAUUUUUUUAUUGAAAAACGAGCAUUUCUAAUGUUUCCCUUGAAAUUACAUACACAUAUAGGUCGACGGGAACUCGCACCCUGUAGCAGAUCUAGAAAAUUUAUAUAGGAGUGUCCCUUUUAGAAAUUCAUUGUCUACAGUGCUCAACAAAUCUCGUUCAAUCCUACUUGAUAAUCGUUCACCAGCUGAUCGCCUAUUCGAUUCCGAUACUUGUUACUGACGUAACCCAAGGUUGAAAAGCUCUCUCAACACUUCAAGUUGUAACCGUAAAACCAAUACAACUUUGAGAAGUAAAUGGAUUCAUGUAUAUGACAUAUUCAAUUUUGUCUCCACCAUCAACUUAGCUAAUUCAUUAGUUCCUUUUAAUCCACAAAAAAUAACUCAUCAUUUUUAACAUAAUGACAAUAAUUCACAAAAUCUCGUAGAAGAAAACAAUCAGAAAGGUGAUCAAACUCUCCAGGAUAAAAUCAUAUGUUAGAUUCAACGUGGAAAAAUCAUAUGUUAACUAGAAUAUGCGGUGGGUUUAAUUUUACGCUUUGAAAAACUAGGGGAUAAGGAUUACACGUUUAUAAUUACAUUUAUGAGAAAAUUACAACAACAAAUGAAGUGUAGUGAAAUAAAAAAGAUGUUCAGCAACCACUAUUGUAUUAUAUAUUCGAAUCACAUGUACUUCAAUUUAUCCCCCCCCCCCCCCCCAGACUCAAACUACUAUCGAUGUUCAGUAAUUUUACCCCCAAAUUUUAUAGGUGUCUACCAUUCACCUGAAGCCAUCCCUACUCGCACCCUCACGAUAAAUUAUCAUACCUGAACCUAACAUGUCAUGGAACGGACUAAUGUGUGUAUCAAUAUACAAUCCACACCUACCACAUUGCCAUUCCUAAUUUGUGCCACUAUUUUCAUAGGUGAGACAGUUAACAUAAUCGACGACAUAAUCUCCCAAAAUGCAUUGAUAAUAUUGCUUCAGCUAAUUAUACUACGAAAUUACAUACAAAGCCAAGAACAAGAUAUGUAACCCAAUCCAACCUAACCCGAAAAAGGCCAGACAAGGCUCCUUUCCAAGCUGAUAAUUAUUAUAACGCUUUACUUAGAAACUUACAAACACACUAUAGCUAGCUUUACAAGCCAAUAAUUGUAGACUAAACGUCAGAAUAUAUCAGAGAUAUCUUCAUGUUAAUUAUUUGAUGUGUCUGUAUAAAAAUAAAUAAAAUUUUAUUGGGUGUGUGCAGUGUGAAAUGCGCUAGAUUCCAAAGAAGGUUGAUAAAAAUAAAAAAAUUAAAGAAUAAGACGUAAAAUGGUUUUGAAAGCCAUGCACAGAAAUGACGACGGAAGACCCAACGCCACUCCUUUGCGUGCAUGGAGUGAAGUUCCCUUUUCAUCAACCACUACAUUGCCACCUGUUAAUUAGCGACACCCUUGGGAGCUAAUUAAUUAUCAACCCCACCAUUUUUUCUAAGUAAAUUCAGUGGCAGAAUUAUAAUCUGUGUAUUCGGCUGUUGAGAAAAGCAUUGAAAAUAGUACAAUGAUCAACACCAUUAAUUAUCCUCUUGUUUAAAAUCUAGAGGUUCGAAUCAAAAGCUAUAAAAACAAGUUGAAAACAAUUUCGUGUGUUUAGUGUGUUUUCGCUAGUUCUAAAUCUUGAUGAUUUCACCAUUGAAUUAGUUGGCCGGCCCCUCUGCAAUUACUUAAUUAUCAUUCUGGUUAUUAUUUAGAUACAGUGAAAGCUUGUUGGAGAUAUCGUUGUGAUUGUAAUCGCAACAUUUCAACAUUUUCUAAUCAAUAUAUUGUCCGCUAUAGAUUACUCCAAAUACAGUUUUGCUUUUGGAUGCAUUAUCUAAAUACAUUUUCUAAGCAUGUUUAACUUUAGAGUUCUUACGAGAGCUCAUUAAUGUCAUCCCAAAAUGCAUCUUGUCUUGUCAGUUAAAUAAGAAUGAUUUCAAAAGAAUAAUGAAUCUCUCUCGAACUGCUUAGGGUGUUACGGUAUUUUCUAGAAUGAAUAAAAGAAAAUUUGUUGACAUGUUUUCUUUAAUGAAUGAUUGAUUUAUUAAAACAAAAAUACAAUGAUGAGAGCAAAAUACUAUAAUGAUGUAGAAGUUGGGUCUUCAUUUUAAGAGUUAUAGGUAUAAUAUGCUCCUGUACUUUGUACUUUUAUCAAACAUGCACUUUUACUAUUUUUUACAUCAAACAUGCCCCUGUACUUUGUAAAAAUUAUCAAACAUGCACUUUUGUUAAAAUUUUCAUCCAAAAAUCGUUAACCAUCGCCGAACUUUGGUUAACAUCAAAUGUCUAAAAUAUCCCUAAUAAUUUUACUUUAGAAUUUUUUUGGUUCUUUUGUAUAUCUAAAUAAUUCAAAUAAUUUCAAUUUGAAGAGACCCAGAGAAAUAAAAUGGGGGACAAAACUGGUAUUUUCCCUCCCAUUUGCCGAUGUCGGGUCGUCUAAAUCUUGGUUCAACCAUGAUUGACGAUUUUUCAAUGGAAAUUUUAGCAGAAGAGCAUGUUUGAUGUAAAAAAAUAGUAAAGGGGCAUGUUUGAUAAAACGUAAUAGUAGAUUGACAUAUUAUACCUAUAACCCUUAUUUAACCGUUUGUGUGAAUUUUCUUUGACAUGUUGCUAAAGAUAUUGGAAUGGGGAAGUUUCUCUUCAAAUUCGAACCUAAGAUUUCUAUGUUGAAAAUUAAUGAUCGCUACAAGAAAAUCAACAUUUAGUUAAGGCUGGAAAAAUAAAGCGCACCACUUUAAAAUUUGUGGAUCAAACCGUACCUUAUAGUUUGGUCAUGGCCAUAGACUGUUAAUUAAGAAUGUUCUGGUUUGGUCCUUGGUAUGUAUUAUAGGACGUAUUGAGCAUUUGGUCUGGUCUGGUUCAGACUACGGUUUACCAGACACAAACCGUGGAUCCAACCCACUUCCUAAUUCGCGUUUUAGCAACUCACUCUCUCUCUCAACUCUUCGACAAUGACCAAACUAAAAUGCUGAUUUUUAUUCGAUAUGGUCUACACGGUACAAACCAUAUCGGACUAGACUGCACAUACAUGUUCUAAAUUAUAUAUUAUCUGUUCUAUUUCUGAUCCGUACUCCAACUUCUCGAUCUGAAAUCAUUGGAUCGAUCCUCUCUUUGACCAAAUUGAAUCAUAUCCCAGUCCUAUUUUAGUGGCUUCUAUUGGAACACAUUAAAUAAUUCCCCUCUUAAAACAAUUUAAUUGUUAGGCCAAAUCCAAGUCGAUCGCACAAUCAAAACACAACUAAACAAAGGGGGGGCUAAAACAAAAAGAAAGAAAGAAAGAGUGUCCGAGUAGCCAAUAUCAAUCACCCUUUCUUUUUUACAUUUGACCGACAGUUCCCCGUCUUUAGGGUUUGAAGUUCCACGAAAUAAUGAUGCUGUUGUUAUUGGCUUAUUCCUCUAAAGUCCAAACCCUUUACUUUCCUUUUUUUUCCCCCAUUUUUUUUUUUUUUUGGUUGCCCGUGUUUCGUCUCCAAACACGGAUGGUGACGAUCACCAAAUUCAACGAGCUAGCGAGAGAGAAAGGAGGCGUAUUGGGGGACAUCAACUGUCAAUUCAAGCUUUUGCAUAUGUGGAGGGAACUGUCUCCAUCUCAGUCAACCAACCCAUUUCCUCACAUUAAAAAAAAAAAAAACACCACAUUUAUAACCAUUUUCCAUCACCAGAGACAACAAGCAAACGAAGGACCUAAUAAUCUAUGUAUAUAAAUACAUACUCAGGCCGGCCAUUUGAUUCUGCAGCUGGUUGGAGCAAAGGAAGCAUAACCCAUUUCCACAAGUUAACGUAAACUCACAGAGAGAGAAUGGGAAGGUCUCCUUGCUGCGACGAGGACGGGCUGAAGAAGGGUCCGUGGACUCCGGAAGAGGACAAGAAGCUGGUGGAUUACAUACACAAAAACGGCCAUGGCAGCUGGAGAGCUCUCCCCAAGCUCGCCGGGCUGAAUAGGUGCGGCAAGAGCUGCCGGCUGAGGUGGACUAACUACCUGAGGCCGGAUAUCAAGAGGGGGAAGUUCUCUCAGGAUGAAGAACAGACCAUUCUCAAUCUCCAUUCCAUUCUUGGCAACAAGUGGUCAGCAAUAGCAAGUCAUCUCCCCGGGCGAACAGACAACGAGAUCAAAAAUUUCUGGAACACACACCUGAAAAAGAAGCUGAUCCAAAUGGGGUUCGACCCGAUGACCCACCAGCCGCGGACCGACCUGUUCGCCACGCUGCCUCAGCUCAUGGCCCUGGUCCAGCUGAAGGACCUCCUGCUCGACCACACCAGCAGCAGCAACCCACUCGACCACCAGACCAUGAGGCUCCAGGCCGAGGCCCUCCAGCUCGCCAAGCUCCAGUACGUCCAGUACCUCCUCCAAUCCUCAUCCUCCACCUCAUCACCACCAACCCCACACCACCAACACCAAAACGGCGCCGUAUCAUCCGACAUGGAACUCAUCAACCUCCUCAAUUCUCUCCCUAACCAGCAACUGAUCAAUAAUUCCGAGUAUGGAUUUGGUGGUAACAUAAUCUCUUCUUCUUCUUCUCCUCCCAUGGCGGCCAAUAAUAAUACUCACCAACCACUCCACCAUAUUCUACUCCCUCCUUUGUGUGACCCACGAGAGGAAGAAGCAGUCACUUUCAUGAGCCCUUCUUCUUCCUCUUGCUUGCCCGCGCAAACAACUCCCACAACCACUACAGCGACCACCGUGGCGCUUAAUAAUAAUAAUAAUAGUAGUACCAAUCAUAAUGUCAAUGUUCCCUCGUCGGCGGAGAUGAUGAGCUCGUGGCCGGCGGCGGUUGUUCUACCGUCAUCCUCCAACAGCAAUCCGGCGGCAGGCGGCGGCGGCGGGGAUGGUGGUAGCAGCAGCAGCUCUAGCUACGCCGGCGGGGUGACUUCUUCUUAUAGUAAUUGGCCCGAACUUUUCCUCGACGAUCCUAUUCUCAGCGAGAUUUCCUUGUGAUCAGUACGUAUACUACGUGCGUUAGUAAUUAAUCUUUUAUUUUAUUUUUUUCACAAGGAGAGCUUAAUUAUUAUCGUUUAAUUUUUCUUACAAUUUAGUUAUACAGGUAUCUACCUAGCUUUAGCUUGUAACCGCUGUGGAAUAUUUUAUAUUUUCCGGUUGUUUUUCUUGUUUGUAUAUGUAAGUUUAUACGGAUGAGAAUAUGUUUAUUUAGGGAGUGUAUGUAUCAUACUAUACGGUACGUAGAGAUAAUAUGUAGAACUUGGUAUCAGUAUUUGUGGACACAUUUUAUACACACUCCAUAUAUAUAUUACGGGUGUUUAUAUUUGAUUAUUUGAUCAUAUGUGUGUAUAUAUAAUAUGGGUAAUCAGGAUUGUGUUUGACCAUGAUUGAAGUUGAAGAGAAACCAAGAUCAGGCCAUAGAGAUCCUCCUACUGAUAGGCCAAGUAAUAUCGCUGGUUUUAAACGUGGAGGUCACAGAUUCGAAUUCCUUAAGUAACACUUAAUAUAUCGUCCUUAUCUAAACAAUAUAUGUAACUUAUAUGCCAUAUCCUUUAGUUACAUUUUAGGAAUUGAGAUUGAUUCUAGAGAGUUAUUAGGUAAUUAAGAUUGUGAUCGAUAUAUUAAAAAAAUAUAAAGAAAUAGCAAGAAUUUAGAAUUAAUUAAAUAUAGGAAUAGCCCACAAUCACUAGAGAUGUCUCACUUUUUGAUAACUCGCUAGCCCCGUCCAUCCCAAAUUUGGCUUUCUAGUUCUUUUUAUAGGUCACUUUCUUCUCUCACUGAUCAAUCUCUUGUUAUUUUAAGAAUACCAAAGAAGAGUUUUCACCAGUUAUUAGCAGUUUCUCAUCCUCCAGUCCGUCGAAUCGGAGAUUACCAAUUGCAUAAAAUUGAGAUAUCACAAUCUCUUCUCUUUGCCCACGUAUUGGCUAAACAAGCCCAUGAAUCUUUAUUUAGUUUCUUAGCCCCGAAAUAAGAUCUUGUAAUUAAUUCAUUCAAUCAAGACAUCAAGUGAAUCCAUUCAAUGAGGACUUCUAGUUUUUUUAUCAGGUUCUUUCAUCUCAACUUAUCAUUACAAGAUUUUUGGUCAUGAAAUUAAACCUACAAAUCUACAGUCUAUAAUAAUGUUUGAGCUAAGAGUGUUCAAACCAUUAUUUAUUCAUUAAUUUAUUUAAUUUUUAGUUGCGAAGAUAAUAAAUUUAGUAUUCGAAAAUACCGACAUUGUUCCAAAAUAUUUUGGAAUUCUGCUACCAAAUUUAUUAGAGAGUGGAAUUGAUUUCAUAGUAUUACUGAGUAUUCAGAAUAUAGUAUUUGGUAUUAGACUACUUAUACAAUAUCGAUUUCCACUCCUACUUGCAUUUCAACGAUUAGGCAAUUAAAUGGGUUAAGACAUAAUUAGUGGAAGUAUAUAGAGAAGUAUAGAGUUACAAGUAUCAUUCGGAUACAUGCAUGGUAAUUUGAUGAUUGAGUAUAUAUUUAGGUGAUAAAAAUGAUAAAAUGUUUCAUCUGAAUAACCGUAAUGUCAUUACCUAUGUGUAGUGUGGUUAUCAUUUUAAAGGGAAUGUUUGGAGAGAAACAGAGAAAUAACAAAAAGGCUAACCUGGUUUUUUUUAAUGAAUGGGUUAUAGGUAUAAUAUGUCACUCUACUAUGACGUUUUAUCAAACAUGUUCCUUUACUAUUUUUUACAUCAAACAUGUCCCUGUAUUUUGGAAAACUUAUCAAACUUGCCCUUUUGUUAAAAUUUUCAUCCAAAACCGUUAACCAAAACCAAACUUUGGUUUGGGCGACCCAAAUAUCUAAAAUAUCCCUAAUAAUUUCACUUUAGAGUUUUUUUUGUUCUUUUGUAUAGCCAGAUAAUUCAAAUAAUUUCACUUUGACGAGACCUAGAGAAAUAAAACAAGGGUCAAAACUGACAUUUCACCUCCCAUUUAUCGAUGUCAGGUCAUCUAAAUCUUGGUUCAAGCAUGAUUGACGAUUUUUUCAAUGAAAAUUUGAACUGAAGGACAUGUUUGAUAAUUUUUCCAAAUUGCAUAGGCAUGUUUGAUGUAAAAAAUAGUAGAUGAACAUGUUUGAUAAAUCGUCAUCGUAGAGGGGCAUAUUAUACCUAUAACUAUAACUUUUAUGAAUUGGCUAAUCUGGUUUGUAGGAGACUAGAGACACAAGAAAAAAUGACAAGAGACAUGAGCCAAGAAGCAAAUCAAACCAAGAUUCGACUAAAAACAAACAAAUUUUUCUACCAAAAAAAAAAUUGGUGCGGUUUCUCAGCCCAUCGGAAAAUCGUAGAGAGCUCCAUACUUUUCUAUUUGGGCCGGGCCUUUCUUUGGGCUUCCUGCUGAAAAAACCCAAUGGGUCUUUUAUUUUAAAUUCCAGGCUUAGCUGAACACAAAGCUGAAAGCACGGGCAAUAGCAAUUAGAGUGUGUAUGUUCCAAUUAACGAAAUUUGCCUUUUAACGAUUAAAUAAAUUAAAUGAUAAAAAAUAUCGAAAAUAGUAACAAAAAUUAGGUUUUUCAUGAAAGGUGAUGAGCACACAUGCAUUGAAUCAAAAGAAAAAGAGUCAUACAAUUUAUUCCUUUCCGAUUAAAUGAAGUUAUGUAUCCGACCAAAAAAAAUGAAGUUAUGUAGAAUGAUUGUAUACCUUCUAUGAUUGCUGAUAAAGUUUUCUUCAAUUGAUUUUGAACAAAAGCACCCAUCAAUUCCUUAAAAAAAAAAAAGAGAAUCAAAUUUAUGUAAUGAUUUUUAUUAUGAAGAAACCGAAUAAAUUAAAAGACUAGGUAUUAGUGCCCACAGAGGCAUAGAUACAUCAUUUUAUCCUCCAAUUAAAAUUGUUACAUGCAUCCACAUUAUACACAUGAUGGAUCAAAACGAGAGCUUAAAAUGAUUCGGAACGUUUCAAAUUAAGCUUUGCUUUUUUUUUUCUAGACGAAUCAAAUAAACAAAAUAAUGAUAGGCGUAGCAUAUUAUACAAUGAUGAAAAUGUGGCAGGGCGGGUACUUCAAUAUUCAUAUCUAUCAACACUAAGUGCGGUUGGGGUGGUUAAUACACACGCGGGUAUUCCAUGGAGCGGGUCGAUUCAUUCUUGCAUGUUAUUUGAAAAUGUUACUAGCAAAAUUUUACUUUUUAUGAUAAAAUGAAAGAAAAAUUAUUUACUAAUGAAAAACAGUGAUAAUAUAAUGAGUAACUGAGUAUGAUUAGCUAAAAAAGUCAAAAUAAGAAAAAUAUGAAUAAAUAUAUUAAGAAGUUGAGUUAAAAUGCGAAGUGAGAGGCCGGGGCAAGAAAAAGAAUCGAGUCGAUCAGGCUCGACGACCGGGAGAAGGACAACCUCAGAACAAGGCGAGGCAGUCAAGUUAGGGUCGAAAGUAGAUAUUCGUACCCUGUUCCACGCUUUUAUAGAUAGAAUAAUAUUCGCUUAAUCACGGAUAAUAUCGAGUAAUACCAACGAAACUGGUUGAAAGUAUCAUCCCUGAUAUUAUAGAUAUAGAGAAACAGUCUUGUGUUUCCAUCAUUAAGGGGAUAAGAUCGGCAUGAACUGGAAAAUUGAUUAGGGGAGCCAUUGUGCUUUUUCCUCUUGUCAUCGAGUUGAUGACUAUGUCAAUAUACAAUUUGUUGUUGCUAUUUGGUAAUGUAUAAUAAAACGACAUGCUGUCCAUUAAAGAGGGUAAAUGAGUUGUUUGUUACAUUUAUUUUCUUUGUUGGAUUUGAUUGGCCUAGUUUUGAUUUUUUUUAUUUCACAUUCACGAUGCAAUCGUACUCAUAUUAUUAUUGUCAAGAACCAAUUGCUCCCAAUAACUUGAGUUAUUGGAACCAGUUGGGUUUUGACAUGGUAUCAGAGCCUGGUAUGACCGAGAGGUCUUGUGUUCGAUUCCCAAAGACCCCCAUUUGUUAAGCACAUGGUAUUCUUGUCUUCAGACAUGUGAAAACUUCCAGCCAUUGUGAGUGGCUUUCGUUUGAGGGGGCGUGUUAGUGUUGUGGUAUAUGAUCCACAAUUGAAUCUCUUCUUCGAGUUAUUGGAACCAUUUGGUUUAUGACAAUUAUUACUUGUGAAUCAACCUUGUUAGUCAAUCGAAUUUGAGUUACUAUAUGUUUUCGUAUGAUCAUUGAGUUAAUAUAGGUUUCAUACGAUUCACACCCGAAUUUUCUGUCUUUAUUUGCAAGAAAAUCGCAACACGAAUCUAGCCUCUGUAAAUGCGACAGACUCGAUCAUUACUGAAUAUGUCCAUCGAGUACUUAGUUUGGUGGAUAAUGAUGAACAUAGCUAUGACCUCCGGUAGAUCCGCCCUCUCUAGAAAGGUCACCAUUGCAUGAUAAUCAAGCAGAAAAACUCAAUCUUCUUCGCGCCCCAUCAGUUCGCUUGACAAACACCAUUAAGAAAUCCUCUCGUUCAGUUAUCAUGAUCGUAAAAACUCUAUCGUUUGAUUAUAAACUUCUCAAGCACAAUCACGUUACUGUACAUAUACUUAAGAUAAUAACUUUUCGGUGUAAAAGUAUUUACAUAUAUGUGAUAAGAGUGGAGUGGUGUCCCUCUCAUCAUAGGAGCAUUUCAUGUAUGUAAGUCCAAUUAUUAUUAGUACUAUAAUCAAAUCCAACCAACCGACUUCCUAUAAAUAAAAGGCAUAAUUAGUAUACUUACAUGAAAACGAUCCCUUCAUACGCUUGAUUAAUUGGACGUUUAUGCAAUUUCGAUUAAUAAUCAAUCUUUUUUUUUCGAACAAAAUAAUUAAUAAUCGAUCGAUGUCCACCAACCCAUCUUCUUAUCUACUCAUCGUACAAACGUCAUUGUUCUUCUAAUUCGAGUUAGACGUGUACACAAAUUUUUGUCUCUGUACUUUAAAUUGGGCCAGAAGAUGGCAGUCUGUAAUCUGUAUAGCCUAUCGACCAUGGAAAGCCCAAAUCGGCCCUUCUUCUUUUUUGCACAAAAGCCCAAAUUCGGCCUUCAAGUUGCGACGCGGUGAAAAAGUCCUUACAGCGUCAGCAAGCAUCUUUGGACUUUGAUCCUUUGCCCCUAUCCCUAUCCCUCGGCCCACGUGAUUGAUGGUUCUCACGUCGGCCAGUCAGAAAUCAGUCCUGGAAAAAAUUAUCCGUAGCCGACUCCGAUCAUAAUCUCACAAUAAUAUUCAAGAGUUCAAUAAUUCGCCACAGGAAAUUUUAAUGGAAAUGGAUCAUGAUUCAGAAUUUUUUUGUUGUUGUUGUGAGGGCAGGCGUCUUUGAUCGACUGUUAUAAUCGACGAAAUACAGUUCAGUGUUCACGACUUUUAUUUUAUAAAUUGAUUGAAUUCUAACGACUAUGAUGUAUGACAUGUUCAAAUCAAAUGGAAUUUUCGAA